UGGUUCGAAUAUUUCGUCGUCGGAACAUUGAUUGAAUUCAGCUUGUAUUUGUAAUUCGCUUAAAAAAUUCAAUUUGGUCACAUUGUUGACGACGCCUCCGAAAUGGUUCGCUUCAACAUUUCGUAAAAUUAACCGCUUCAAAUGAGUCAACCGUUGCAAUUCUAAAAUACUGUCGGCCGAUAAAUCGGAAUAAUUUUGAAAUAAAACCAAUUGCUCUAAAUUUGCUAAAUACGUUGCAAUGUCUUUAAGUUCAACAUCACAAUUGAACGCGCCAAUUUUCAAUUUUCGUAAUUGUUGAUUAUUCUGCAUAAAUUCAGAAAAAGUAUCGUUAGCUAUGUACUCGUUAUCGCCUAAUGACAACUCUUCGAGACGAUUCCAUGUGCCUGUAUUUUGCAGAAAUGAUGUGUCCCAUUGGAUAUGUAAACGUUGUAAAUUUGGGCAACGUGUCAAUAAGGCUAAAUCAUCAUCGCUAAGAUCGGUGUUGGCAAUGCGCAAUUGCAACUCUUCGAGUCGCCGCAAAACUGGUUCAAUCGCUUGUAGUGACGUGUCCGAAAUGUGUGGCGUUACGAUUGAUAAUUUUCGAAUACGAUCACCAAUUACACGACCCAAAAAUUGAUAGAACAAAAAGAUCUCAGACGUCUGACAUAAUUUAAGAGUUACAAUAUAUUUUCCGAUCGCCUCGAUAAUGUUACGAGCUUUUUCUUCGCAUUCAUAUGAACGAAUUGUACAACUGAAUGUUGUUUGCUUUGGAAAUUGAAUCUGUGUCACAAGUGCAUUCAAGCGCUUGCACACUUUUGACAGUGAAACCGUAGUUUCUACAUCACAAAAAUUGAAAAUAUGCUCGAGACAAUCAUCAUUUAAAUCUAAAAACUCUGUCAUUUUUGUGAAUUUUUUACAAAUUUUGUGCAUUUCACAAUAUAUACGGUUAGUAUUUAAUUUUCAAAAUAAAACUUAAAUCUAAACGAUAAACCAAAAUAAACUUUCCAAUCAACAGCUGACAUUGGCACUUUGUUACCGUAUACACGUACAAUUUGUUCAAAUGACAUAAGGCAACUUUUCUCUCGGCUUUGUUCUCUCUCUCCUCUCUCUCUCUCUCUCUCUCGGAACUCUCUUGUUCACAACCACCAAUGCAAGUGCAAAUGUCAAAAAAAUGAAAUGACGAACACAAUCGACAGUAUGUAUUUUACUGCAAGAGGGCGCUUCUAUCACACAUUCUUUUUCAUCUCUGAACAUAGUUUUUUCUCGCUCUAUCCACCUAUCACAUUUAAGCAUUUUGCAUUUGAGAAUCAUUUGUGGCAAUUGUGUCGAAGAGUUAGACAGUAGACUCGGCACACAGCCGAAAGGUAUAAUUUUUUUGUGUGUGAAAGUUUAUCGGUAAAUUGCGUUUAAAUCUCAAAUCAAUUGAUUGUCUUUGCAUACAUUAAAAUACACUAAAAAUGUCGGCAAAUAAUUAUUUUGGAUUUACACAUGGUGGCACACAAUAUGGGGCUGCUGCGACUGGCCCAACCUAUCCGGCUGCUCAACAGUACAAUGCAGUCGCACCGACAGCUACUGCUGCAACCUAUAGUGCGCAGCGAACGGGUGCCUACGACCAGGCUGCUUAUCAAGCUGCAGCCCAAGGAACAUAUGCUGGAGCUGGUACACCAAGUGUCACAUAUGAUUAUGGCUAUGGACGUACAUACGACACAACCAAAACCUAUUAUCAACAAACAUCUACUGCCACUUAUCAAGCGGCCGCUCAGCCAUAUGCUGCACAUGCAGACGCAACCGCCCAACCAGCGACAAAAGUGACCGGAUAUCAAACAGCACAAUAUGUUGCUGGUCCUACCAGAAACAAUGUUCCACAACAACAAGCCAAACCAGUCGUCGCUACUACUCCAUACAAUGCAAAUCAAGCAUACGCACCUCAAACGGCUUACCAACAGAAUCCACAAGCCAAUGCCCAACCAAAACAACCUCCAGCAACAACUACUUCUAGCAAUUAUUCGAGUUAUGAUGCCGCAUUGUAUAGUGCAGCCACUAUGUAUGCCGUACAACAAACAAAUAAACCAAACAAUGGACCGAAUCCGGGUUGGCAAGGAUUCAAAAAGGGUAACAUGAAAACACAACGUCCGAAGCCACAACCAAAACCCCAACAAUUGCAUUAUUGUGAAGUGUGCAAAAUCAGCUGUGCUGGUCCGCAAACCUAUCGUGAACAUUUGGAAGGCCAAAAGCAUAAAAGACGUGAAGCUAGUUUAAAAAUGGCCGCAACAGCGGUACAAACAAGUCAAAAUCGUGGCAAUAAUUUGCAUUGUGAACUUUGCGGUGUAACUUGUACCGGUAACGAUGCAUAUGCAGCACAUGUUCGUGGUUCGAAGCAUCAAAAAGUAGUGAAACUUCAUCAAAAAUUGGGCAAACCAAUUCCAACCGUCGACCCAAACUUUAAAAAACCGGUCAAAGUAAACUUUGUCCCAGCCGGCGGUGCGGUCGAAGGAAGUAACGAUGCAGCCGCACUGACCGCAGGCUCUGUACCACCGUCAAAUGUUUCGGUACAACAAGCAGCAGCAACGGUCCCAUCAGACGCAACAAUGACAAAUCCAAACAAAGUUGAAUCCAUGGAAGACGAUAGUGCUUUAUCACUUCCGGAAGACGAUAUUAAGCCCGUUGGCAAUGAAUACAUCGAAGAGAUAAAAGGUGAAGAUGGCAAAAUGAUAAAAUUCAAUUGUAAAUUAUGCGAAUGUGGAUUCAAUGAUCCAAAUGCAAAGGAGAUGCAUAUGAAAGGACGUCGUCAUCGUUUGCAAUACAAACGUAAAGUUCAACCAGAUUUGGUGGUUGAUUUAAAACCGACACCACGUCAAAAACGCAUUGCUGAAGCAAAAGCACAACGAGCUGCAAUGCAAGCAGAUUUUUGGAAUCGUCAACGUAAUUUGGGCGAUGAUAGCAAUGACAUUGGCGAUGGAAUGUAUUGGGAUGAACGUAGACGAUUCGAUAAUGAAUUCGAUAAUAUGCCAUAUAAUAUUCCAUGGAAUCGAGGUUUUCCACCAGGUCGUCCAGCACCGCCAUUCAUUCGGGCACCAAUGCAUGCACCAUUCUUUGGCAUGGUUCCACCGGGACGCGCACGACCAGAAACCUUUGACGAUCGUCAUGUUGUGGCCAAACAUGCCGAAAUCUAUCCUAAAGAAGAAGAAUUACAAUUGAUUCAACGUAUUGUAUCGCAUACUGAACGCGCUCUGAAAUUCGUAUCGGAUGCAUUGACCGAUAAAUCGGCACAAAAUGUUACUAACGGCGUGAAUAAAGUCGAAGCACCAGCCACCGAAACUAAAACCGAAACUGACGAAACAAAUGCAACAAAACCAAAUGAAAGCGAAGCAGCUAAUAGUACAAGUGCAGAAAGAGAGACCAAACCGAAAGAAGAUGGUCGCGAUAAUCAAUUGUUCUCAUUUCAUAAAGAGGCUGAAGGCAGCUCAAUUCGUUUACUUAAGGGUGUUAUGCGAGUCGGAUUACUUGCAAAAGGUCUUCUGCUUCAAGGCGAUAAAGUUGUUCAAUUGGUAGUAUUAUGCGCUGAAAAGCCAACAGUAUCAUUGUUGAAACGUGUCGCAGCUGAGCUGCCCGUGCAAUUGAAGCAAAUUUCCGAAGAUCAUCAAUUCACCGUGACAAUGGAGCCCGAAGAGAGUGCCGUUUUGGUCUCCGAUGAUACGAUAACGGUUAAAGUUUUCCUAACAUCGCCACUACUUCGUGAUCCUCAGCAACAAGAUUCAAAUAUUGCUGCAACAGCAACGGAACAAACGGUUCCGAAUCCCGAUGAUCUACUGCCACGCGAUCCAUGUCUUCAAGCUCUUGCUGCAUUGAGGCACGCGAAAUGGUUCCAGGCUAGAGCAACUGGUUUACAAUCAUGUGUCAUGAUCAUUCGUGUAUUGCGAGAUUUGUGUCAACGCGUUCACACAUGGACACCACUCAGUCAAUGGGCAUUGGAACUAUUAACCGAAAAGAUAAUAUCGUCGGCUGGCAUGCCAUUGAGUCCAGGCGAUUGUUUGCGUCGUGUAAUGGAAGCACUUUCCACUGGAUUACUGAUCAAUGGGCCCGGUUUAAUGGAUCCAUGUGAAAAAGAUCCACUAGAUGCAUUACUUGGCUUAACAAAACAACAAAGAGAAGAUUUGACUGUAUCGGCGCAAACAUUCUUGCGUAUGAUUGCAUUCCGUCAAAUUUACAAGGUAUUGGGAAUGGACCUCUUGCCUCCACAGAAGUUUGCCGUUCGUCAAUGGCGCUUCGGCCGUAAGCGUAGACGUUCCGGAAAUGAAGGAGCCGAAUCUGAAGGUGAUUCGAAAAUCGUAAAGAAAGAUGCUGAAAACACCAGCAUGGAAACAUCCACAACUGAAACAACAUCGGUGGCCGCCGAUCCAAUUUCAACCGAUGCGGCUGUUGCUAAUUAAGGGAUAACCUAUUUUCCACCUAUUGCAUUCACACUUAUUCUGACAGCACAAAACUGAAAAACCAUUCAUUUCACCAUUUUGUGCGCGUGUUUAUGUUAUUUUCUAUUAAUAUAUUUGGUCGCUAUAACAACAACAAAAAAUUGAACUUACUAUUACACGAUUUUAUUUUACCAAUUUUACUAGUUUAACCACAUUAUAAUUGAAUUGUUUGAAAUAUCUAGAGCGAUAGUUCAAGAUUACGUAUAAAAAUGAAGACAUAUUUGAUGUGUGGACGAAGUAUUUGUAAUAUGGCCGAUGCAAAUUCUCUUCAGGAUCACGACAAAAUAAUGAUUUUUUUUUUUUUUGAUUUAUUGGUCAUUACACUUUUCUCAAGAAGUUUUUUUUUAAAUGAUUAAUUGUAUUGAUUAGAAUUUACAAAAACCAAUUAGACACUUUAAUGUGAAAAUGAGCAGCAAUGCCAUAUUGCCGAAAGUAAAAACUAGGGUAUUCAGUAAAUUUGAUCACAUAUUUCAGUAUGAAAACUA